AAGGUUUCAGGCUCAGGAAAAUUUUUCACUUUAAUGACGCUGCUGGUCAGUGCUGCCACCAAGUUUGAUUCCACCUCCUGCCAGUUACUGGGACAGUUUCAUCUAAAUGGGAUGCACAUGACAGGAGAUGUGGUUCUGGGUGGGUUGUUUGAGAUCCACUUCUUUUCUGUCUUUCCUGACCUGUCUUUUACCUCAGAGCCACAACAGCCUACCUGCCACAGUUUUGAUGUUCUAGGAUUCAGGCAGGCCCAGACCAUGGCCUUUGCUAUUGAUGAGAUCAACAGAAAUUCCAACCUGCUGCCAAAUGUGACUCUGGGAUACAGUCUUUAUGACAACUGCCUCUCACUAGACAUUGGAUUCCGUGCAGCAUUGUCAUUAGCCAGUGGUCAAGAGGAGCAGUUCAUAUUAGAUAAGACCUGUGCAGGAAACCCUCCGGUAGUAGGGAUUGUGGGUGAUGCUUCCUCUACACGUUCCAUUGCCAUCUCUGCUGUCUUAGGUUUGUACCGAGUACCUAUGGUGAGUUAUUUUGCCACAUGUUCAUGCCUGAGUGACCGGCAGAAGUUCCCAUCGUUUUUUCGGACGAUCCCAAGUGAUGCUUUCCAGGUGCGUGCUAUGAUUCAGAUUCUCAGGCGCUUUGGCUGGACUUGGGCAGGUCUGCUGAUCAGUGAUAAUGAUUAUGGACUCCAUGCUGCCCGAUCCUUCCAAUCUGACCUGGCUCAGUCUGGUGGAGGUUGUCUGGCCUACUUAGAGGUUUUGCCCUGGGGCAAUGAUCCAGCUGAACUAAGGAGGAUUGUGGAUGUUAUGAGGAAAUCUACAGCUCGUGUGGUCAUUGCGUUUGCACAUGAAAAUCUCAUGAUAAACCUCAUGAAAGAGGUGGUGAGGCAGAAUGUGACAGGCCUGCAGUGGAUGGCCAGUGAAGGCUGGACUGCAGCUACUGUGCUUCAGACUCCUCAGCUCAUGCCAUACCUGGGUGGCACUCUGGGCAUUGCUAUCCGUCGAGGACACAUACCAGGGUUCAGGGACUUCUUGCUACAAAUGCGGUCUGACCUACAACACAACAACAGCUAUGGAAAUAUCCUGCUUGUGUAUUACUUGGAAAAGGUCAACUUCACCACACCGUUUGGUGAUCAAGUGUCAUUUGAUGAAAAUGGUGAUGCUUUACCAAUAUAUGAUGUCAUGAACUGGUUGUGGCUCCCUGAUGGACGAACUAAAGUUCAGAAUGUAGGUGAGGUGAAAGAGUCAGCCAAAGGUGAAGAACUCACACUUGAUGAAGAUAAAAUCUUCUGGAACUUUGAAUCCAAACAGCCACCCCAGUCAGUGUGCAGUGAGAGCUGUCCUCCAGGUACCCGCAUGGCCAGAAAGAAGGGAGAGCCUGAGUGUUGUUUUGACUGCAUCCCUUGCUCUGAGGGAGAGAUCACUAAUAAGACUGACUCCAUGGAGUGCACCAGUUGUCCAGAGGAUUUCUGGUCCAGCCCUCAACGUGACCACUGUGUUUCUAAGAAAACAGAGUUCCUCUCCUAUAAUGAGCCUCUGGGUAUCUGCCUGACAGCUGCCUCAUUGUUGGGCACAUUUAUAUGUGUUGUUGUGUUGGGAAUCUUUAUCCAUCAUUGUAACACCCCUAUAGUACGCGCCAACAACUCAGAACUGAGUUUCCAGCUAUUGCUGUCUCUUAAAUUAUGUUUCCUUUGCUCACUGCUCUUUAUUGGACGUCCCAGGCUGUGGACAUGCCAACUGAGACAUGCAGCAUUUGGGAUGAGCUUUGUACUUUGUGUAUCAUGCAUCCUGGUGAAAACCAUUGUGGUUCUGGCUGUGUUCAAGGCCUCCAAGCCAGGAGGUGGAGCCCAUCUGAAGUGGUUUGGACUUUUGCAGCAGAGAGGAACAGUUCUGGUUCUUACUUCUAUUCAGGCAGCAAUCUGUACUGCUUGGCUUGUCUCUUCCUCACCAGCUCCUCAUAAAAACACUCAAUACCACAAUGACAAGAUAGUUUAUGAGUGUGUAGUUGGGUCCGCAGUUGGUUUUGGAGUGUUACUGGGCUAUAUUGGCUUACUGGCCAUCCUCAGUUGUCUGAUUGCAUUCCUUGCCAGGAAUCUUCCAGAUAGUUUCAAUGAGGCCAAACUCAUUAAUUUCAGCAUGCUGAUUUUCUGUGCAGUGUGGGUGGCCUUUGUCCCUGCUUAUGUCAGUUCACCAGGCAAAUAUGCAGAUGCAGUGGAGGUAUUUGCCAUCCUAGCCUCCAGUUUUGGCCUCUUGGUGUCACUGUUUGGUCCCAAAUGUUACAUUAUCCUGUUGAGACCAGAGAGGAACACAAAGAAAGCAAUCAUGGGUCGUGGCACUGAGUCAUAA